GCCAACUACUUUGGGGUUCCACGCGCACUUGGAGACACCGACGGGCAGCAGUCAGUCAGUCAGUGGUCUUCAACUCGCCCCGGCUGAAGAUGGGGCGCGAGGCAUGGAUCCCGCCCUACGACGACUGGGCCAAGGAGGCCGAGACGAAAUUUUGGUUUGGGAAGUGGAGACAUUCGUCAUCCCAGCUGGGUUUCGGUUUCCUUCACCAGGACGGACGGCCGCGCCCACAAUACUCUUCCAGAGAUGAUUGGAGUGGCCAGGACGCUUUUGCAAGGGUUGAAGCGCUUACUCCUCGCGAACGACUGGUGCCUGUAGACAACCGCGAAGUCCGGCUGUGCUGCUCGCUCCGGUGCCAAGAGGGCGUGGCUUCCAUCGACGACCUCUACUCCCUCCGGGACCCAGAUGUGCUGCUCCAGGUUCUUCAGCUGAAUCAGGAGCAGCUGCUGCACAACAGCUGGAGGCGUGGGGCGUUCAUGGCAGUGCAACUGCUGGCGCGAGCUCUGCCGGCCCUGGUGAUUUACGGAGGAACCUUUAGUCUGAUGGUUUGCGCGAUUUGUCAAUAUCGCUGGGGCGUGCUUCUCUCCCUGACGAUGUUCAGCAUCUACAUGGUGCACUUGAGUGUGUCGAUUCUGGUGUACUCUGUGCUGGGACUGUUUCAUGUUUGGCGGGACAGCACUGAAGACUGGCCUUCCCGCGUUGAGGAGUUUGAGCAUUUGCAGCAGCAAGAGGAGUUAGAUAUCACAGCGGGCGAAGUGCUGCACGUGGUGAUUCUCCCGAGCUUUCGCACGCCCUUGGAAGUGCUCGAGAACACGCUGAGGUCGCUAGCCGAGUUUGACAUGGCGGACAGGCAGCUGGCCCUGUGCCUGGCCUUCGAGGAGCGCGAGGAUGAUGCUCAGGAGAAGGAAAAGGCGUUGAGAAAGGUCUUCCAAAGUCAGUUUGCCUUCAUCACAGCCACAUAUCACCCCUCGCAGCUUCCGAACCACCUGCCUGGAAAGUCUUCCAACGAGUGCUGGGCCUUUCAACAGCUCUGCAAAGACUUGGAGGCGCAGGGCUUGCAAUCAUGUGAUCCCAGAGUGGUCAUUACCAUCAUGGAUGAUGACUCGUACAUGCACCCCAAGUACUUCGAGGCGUUGACGUAUUAUUUCCUUGCAGCAGGCCCCAGCUGCAGGUAUAUGAGGAUUUGGCAGCCUCCGAUUUGCCACUUCAAGAACUUCUUGAGGCAACCUGUGCUGGUGCAGAUCUCCUCGCUGUUCUCAACCCUGAGUGAGCUAGCAGGCCUCGCGAACCCAUUGGACUGCCAUGUGACCUACUCAACCUACUCCAUCAGCUUGGUCUUGGCCACCGCAGUGGGCGGCUGGGAUCCAGAUUUCCUGGCUGAGGAUUGGCACAUGUUCGCCAAGUGCGCGGUGAAAAGUGAAGGGCGCUUGAGGUGUGUGCCCAUCUUUUUGCCGGUCCUGAACUAUACUCCGGAGGAAGAUACGUACUGGCAAACACUGUGCAGCCGCUGGACACAAGCCAAGCGUCACGCGCUAGGCGUCUCGGAGGUGGUCUACGUUCUCUCAGCUUCCUUCCUGGCCUUCCUAGAGCUGCCUUCAUGGAGGUCUAACCUGAUCUAUUGCCUCACUAAGCCCGCCUGGCCAUCCGGCAGACUCAGCCAAGUGUUUGUCGUCGCGCCGGGCGCUUGGCCAACUCUGCCAACUGGCCAGGCGGACAUAGCAAGGCUAUAA